GUCGGUUUGUUAGCAACAUCUGUUGUUCUCAUCAAACUAUCGGUGAUAUAAAAACCGUUACCCGAAAUUUAAAAAUCUAGAUAAAGAAACAUAAAUUUUUUGUGUGUAAAUUGUUCUAUAGAUGUUACUAAACCAACAAGUUGUAAAACUAAUUUAAAAUUAUGUGAAAGCCAUUCAAAUAUGUUUCAUACAUUUUUAUAUUAAGUGAUAUAUGAUAUAUGUUUUGAUGAAUAUGCAACACUCGAGCUCUAAAAUAAAAAUGAACACAUUAUGGUUUUUAUACUCAUGAUACGAUGAAGAUUACUUCAACUGAAGAAAAAAAGGUUCUAGUUUUUAUUCUUUAAAAAUCGUGAACAUCUUGGAACUUACUGAACAGGAUGCUUUGACAGGACAUUCAUUAUACAUGGUCUGAUGGUGCGAGUAGACUUUCUUCUAAUCGUAAAAAUAAGGCCAAAAUUUAAAAAAAAGUGGAACGUGUCGAAAACUGAAGGUCAUGUUCAUUCGCCAGCGAUUUUGGAUAAAAAUUCAAAAAAAGGAGGCAAAAAUUGGAUGCAAGAAAUGUCUGGAAAAACAAUUUUUAUUAGAAAGAAUCAUGGAGACUAAGAAUGAAGUCAAUUAAAAUCUGGCUGGUCAUAAGUUGGAUCAGUUGCCACCUAAAAAGACUUCCGUCGUUGGAACGUGGCUCCCUUCAAGUGCAAGGGAAGAUGUGGAAAUCAAAUUACUGGGAACUUGUAAGAUUGAAAAACAAGAAAAUAGGCACCACUUCCAGAAAGCUCGCGCUUUAUCGUGAAAGCCAUUAGGAAAAUGGGGGCCAAGCAGUCCGCAAGAAGCCUGCCCACUACUGGAGAGGAUGUAAAUUUCGAUCAUUUCAAAAUUCUGCGAGCGAUUGGAAAAGGAAGCUUCGGAAAGGUCUGUAUAGUGAAAAAGAAGGAUCGCACCGGAAAUAUGUUUGCCAUGAAGUACGUGCAUAAGUGGGAAUGUUACGAAAGGGGUGCCUUAACUAACGUGGCCAGAGAAGUGGAGAUCCUCUCGAAGCUCGAACAUCCUUUUCUAGUGAACUUGUGGUUCAGCUUUCAAGAUGAGGAAGAUUUAUUCAUGGUAUCCGACCUACUUCUGGGGGGAGAUCUCAGAUAUCACAUACAACAAGCAGUUAAGUUCAGUGAAGACAGUAUCGUCCUCUUUGUUGCUGAAAUUGCCCUGGCUCUAGACUAUUUACAAAAUAAAAAAAUAAUCCACAGGGACAUAAAACCAGAUAACAUCGUCUUGGAUGAGGAAGGUCAUGCUCACGUUACUGAUUUCAAUAUUGCAACGAGAUUGGAAGAUGGGCAAUUAGCAACUUCUAUGUCAGGAACGAAGCCAUACAUGGCUCCAGAAAUUUACAUGUGCUCUUGCGAUGAAACGGGAGUUCUAGGAUAUGGAUAUUCAGUAGAUUGGUGGAGUUUGGGAAUUUUGGCAUGGGAAAUUCUUGCAGGAACACGGCCUUAUCCUCUUCAUGCAUCUACAACUCACAGAGAAGCGCUGGAAAUUCUGCAAGAUGGAAGACAUUCUCCAAAACACUGGAGUUCUUCAAUACAAGAAUUACUCGAUCGACUUUUAACUUUAGCUCCUGAUGCACGAGUAUCGACUCUCAAAGAAUUUAAGUAUAUUUCUAUCAUGAGCGAAUUAGAUUUCGACAUGGUGUUGAGUAAAAAAGUCAAGCCUCCUUUCACCCCUCCAAAGGAUCAUUUGAAUUGUGACCCCACUCACGAACUUGAGGAGAUGAUUAUUGAAGAGAGACCACUCCAUAAGAAAAAGAAACGUUUGGCCAAGCAAAGAUCGCUCGAGGUAAAAUCCCUGGCUCAGGAUGUCCUGGCUGCAGAAGGAAGUCCAAAGUCCAAAAAACUCGAAUGUAUACCAGAAUAUCUCACCUUUAAUCGAGAAUGGGAAUUGAAAAGAAUAGAAGAAGAAAGGAAGGAAAAGCAAUGGGAAGAAGAACUGAAUAAUGCUAUGAUGAAUGCCGAGACUCAUGAGCAGAGGUUGAGCAGGAUAAAUCAGAAACUGAUUCCAAAGACUGUUAAUCGCUUGAGUUUGUCAAAUGCUAACGUUAAAGCAAGAAUUAGCGCCUCACCCUUACAAAAUCGAAGAAAAAGUGCGGCGACGUCGUCGGAUAUGGACUUUAUUGAUGCCAGCCCAGAGCCUUCAACGUCGUAAUUAACCAACUCCUUUUUUACCCUUUUUGAUCCACAUAGAAACAUUAUUACAAGCGUAAAGAAAAAAGUGUAUCUUUAAUACUAUAAAAGUCAUCGAUUUUUUAUCAAAUUCACAAAACUUCUUUUAAUUAUAAGAAGAAACUGAAGAAAUUACAAUUCCAUUUCAUGUAUAUUUCCUCUUGUUGUACGAAGAAUCAUCGUUAUAGUUACUCUAUUAAUCAACAUAAACUCCAAAUACAGAAAGUUUAAUUCAUUAGAAUGGAAUUUGAAUUUCCCAAAAAUCUUCCUAUUUUAAGCAUCAGCUCCAAGGUUGAUUUGAAUAUGUGGAAGUAAAGAAGAUAUCUAAAAGAGAAAUAACAUAUAAAUAGAGUUACCGCUUUUAUAUAACUUUUAUAUAAAUUUUAAUCUACAAUUAACUUGGAUUAGGAUAUUGUAGAUUCAAGGCGCGUACUUAGCAAAAAAUGUAGGGUUAAUAGUCCAAAAACCUAUAAUUGAAUCCUAAUCCGAAAUUGGAUCCAUGUAUCAAAACUAUGAAAUCAUAGGAAUAUCAAAAAAUAUUGUUGUGCUGUACUUGAAAGAAUUACACUUUAGCCUAUACAGAAACAAUCUUCUUUUAAGUGAUUUCUAGGAAGAGUAUAUUUUCGCGAUCAAAGCAUUCGAAAAAUUUUGUACCUAAUUUCGAAAUUAGAGCAACAAUAAAUUUAGUUCUAAUAUGACUGCAUUGUACAUGAAGCUAGGACUUCGACUUAUACGCGAGCUAAAAAGUAAUUAAGGAAUUUAUCCUGAUGUAAAUUGAGGCAAAUUUUGCAUCUAAUGUUGCCU